AUGUCUUGGAACGGGCCCGUAGGGGGUGCGGCGCCUUUCCAGCAGCAACCAUAUGCAAACGGCCCACCCCCGUAUGGCCAGCAGCCGCCCUAUCAAUAUGGACAACAACCAGGAAAACACCCGGGAUAUGGUCAGUAUCAGCCAGGACCCGCCUAUCCAUCCACUGGUCCCCCUCACCGCGCUCCACAUGGCCAGCCGCCAAAAAAGAAGGGAAACCCAAUAAUCACCCGAUAUCCUCCUCCUCCGGGGUAUCGUGGACCGGCGCAGCCUCAGGGCCCUUUUGGUGCUAACAAAUUUGCCAACUCGUACAAGUCGGCGCAGUCAGGGGUCCCGCCAUCGUCAGCUGCUGCAAACUACGCGCAACAGAGCUACGCUGCUCCUGCUGCAAGUCAGGGCUACGGCCAACAAGCCCCUGGGUUUGGACAGCCAUUUUCCCCGACGCAGAACAGCCACCAGUGGCCGCAGUUUGGUUAUCCUCCAAAGUCGAGCUACUCGCAAGCUUCCAGUCAUCCAUCUGCCCAGGCCUAUGCUCCUGCUCAAAACAGCUACCCAGGCUAUGCAUCGCAAUCUGCUGCUGUUGAUCCUAGCCAUCCGACAUAUGGCAAAAGCGGGGCAUGGUCGCAGCAGCACGCGCAGGCAUCCUACCAGCCAAACCAGCAAAGUUCUUUCAAUGGGCCGCCUCACAGCCAGGCUAUGAUAGAUCCCGAGGCAACACCCACUCCGGCGACUGCUCAUCUCAACACAUCUCAAUCGUCUCAGCAACCCGUUCAACCUACUAGCGGCAUGAGUGAUGGGGGUGCGAGCGAGAAGCCACAGUUGUAUUUGGCCUGGGACGAUUGGGAUUUUGACUUUGACGGCGCAAUCUGGCCCAAGAGCAAUGAGCCCGUCGAUCCCGCCCUAAGUCUUGGGGUCAUCAUCUGGCACCCUGCCAAGCAAGUGACUCGUGCAUUACCAUCAACCUUUGCUGAGGCCGAAGAAGAAGCAUUGAAGCCGACACCCGAGAAACUGGAUAAUGGCGAUUCGGUGUCCAUGUACUUUACAGCUGACAAUUCGCAUGAAGCCUUUUUAAAUGUCCGGCAAACCGACGAGUGGGAGACGAUCCAAGACGAUCCUGUUUUCGUUGUGUUUACAGACGAAGACAUGCAAAACAAUCUCGUCACGCUAGAAGACUGCAUCGCGCAGCGAGAUCGACCUGAUGAGCCCGACGAGGUAGAUAUGCAUGAUGGGGACAUGGAGAUGCGCGAUGCCACAUGGGACAUUAUGGAUAAUCUUGAACAAGCUCUUAGUACUAACCACGGAAGUGCAGCGUCCAGCACAGCGAAGCAUGAGGCACCAUCUCCACCGCGAGGGAGUCAAGAGGAUAUCCUUGCCAAAUUAGGCGUAACCGGCGCCCCAAAGCCCCCAUCGAACGAGCCAAUACCAGUACCUUAUUGUUUGUCUGAGACUAAAGAAUCAUCGCCGGUUGACGAGAAGCCAUCAGCUACCCCUUCCUCUGCUCCGGCCCGGGACUCUGUACCACCAAUCCAACGGGCGCACUCAUACGGUGGCUAUCGUAAUAGUGGACCGGGCUCUGCGCCUUCUCGACCAUACGGCUCUAUGUCAGCAGCAACCAAUUCUCGGCCGCCUCCGCCUCGAGAAGAUCGGCGAUACGAUGCCUGGAAUGCACCUCCACGCAAUGGGCAGAGCUUUGACAGCACCAGGGGAAGUCCCGCGCGCUCUGAAGGAAGCAAUCGAACCAUGGCUGGUUCUGAUUUCGAACCGGGAAACCAAGGUGAUGGGACACCACAGGAUGCGCCUGCUGUAUCGUCCCUUGAGCGAAGCGAUAGCUCGUUUUCCCGGAAGAGAAGCUAUGAAGACGCUGAUCAAGAGCAUGCAAGACUGCGACAGCAGGAAGAUCAUAGCAAGCGGAAGAGGCGUUCCCAAGUCGAUGCCGCCUACAGGUAA